AUGGUUGGCCGUCGGAGUUCUCCCUCUGUUGCUUACUUCCUUGCAACUCAUGCUCUCUUCUUCUUCCUUGCCUGCCACCUCACCGCCUCGCAGCAAGAUCGGAACUACAGUUUCGUUCGCGACGCGAGGACGGCGCCGGAGAUAUCGUACUACGACUACAUCAUCGUGGGAGGAGGCACGGCAGGGUGCCCGUUGGCGGCGACGCUUUCCCAAAACGCUACCGUUUUGGUCCUGGAACGCGGCGGCUCUCCCUACGGGGACCCGAACAUCACCUACUUGGCCAACUUCGGGGCUCCGCUCGCCGACGCCUCCCCUUCUUCACCUUCCCAGCGCUUCAUUUCCGAGGACGGCGUCAUCAACGCCAGAGCCCGAGUCCUCGGCGGCGGUUCUUGCCUCAACGCCGGCUUUUACUCCCGCGCCGAAGCUGAUUACAUCAGGGAUGUGGGGUGGAACAGUGAGCUGGCGAAGCAGUCGUACGAGUGGGUGGAGAAGAAGGUGGCCUUCCAGCCACCGAUGAAGCAGUGGCAAUCCGCCGUCCGAGACGGCCUCAUCGACGCCGGCGUCUUGCCUAACAACGGCUUCACCUACGACCACAUGUAUGGCACCAAAGUUGGUGGCUCCAUUUUCGACACCGCCGGCCACCGCCAUACCGCCGCCGAUUUGCUCGACUACGCCAACCCCGAUGGCCUCACCGUGCUUCUUAAGGCCACUGCACAUAAGGUCCUCUUCCACACUAGAGGAAAGGCAAGGCCCACGGCCCAUGCAGUGGUGUUCAGAGACUCGACAGGAGCGAAGCACAGAGCGUAUCUGAACAGCGGAGCCCACAACGAAAUAAUCAUAUCAGCUGGGUCGUUGGGAAGCCCACAGCUCUUGAUCCUGAGCGGAGUGGGCCCAGUCGACCAACUCAAGGCCCAUAACAUUACUGUCGUAGUAAACCAGCCCAUGGUCGGUCAGCUCAUGUCCGAUAAUCCCAUGAACGCCGUCUUCGUCCCUUCUCCGGUACCGGUGGAGGUUUCCCUAAUUGAGGUCGUCGGAAUCACUCAUUUCGGCAGCUACAUUGAGGCCGCCAGCGGCGCCAAUUUCGGCAGCUUCCCGGACAAUGAUUACGGCCUGUUCUCUCCCAAGAUCGGUCAGCUGUCGACGCUACCGCCAAAACAGAGGACGCCAGAGGCCUUAGAGAGAGCAAUCUACAACAUGAGCAAGCUAGACAGGGCAGCUUUCAGGGGAGGGUUCAUCCUCGAAAAGAUCAUGGGUCCAAUCUCAACAGGGCAUUUGGAGCUAACCUCGAAGAACCCUAAUGUGAACCCAUCUGUGACAUUCAAUUACUUCAAGCACCCAGAGGAUUUGGCCAGGUGCGUCCAAGGGAUGUCGACCAUAGAGAGAGUGAUCGGUUCGAAGCCCUUCUCCAAGUUCAGAUACGACACUCUGUCGGUCCCUCAGCUGCUCAACAUGACAGCAACGGCCCCGGUGAACUUGCUCCCGAGGCACAGCAAUUCGUCGGUGUCGUUGGAGCAGUUCUGCAAGGACACUGUGAUGACCAUAUGGCAUUACCAUGGAGGGUGCCAGGUUGGUGCUGUGGUUGAUCGUGAUUACAAGGUGAUUGGUGUUGAUGCUUUGAGGGUUAUCGAUGGAUCCACUUUUAAUGCCUCCCCUGGGACUAACCCUCAAGCCACUGUCAUGAUGCUUGGAAGGUAUAUGGGAGUUGCUAUGUUGACUGAGAGGCUUGCAAGUGCUUAA